UUGUAUAUGUUCCCACUUAAACACACUACAAUGGGAUAGAGUAGAGCCAACAAAAGAUAACUACAACCAACACGGCCUUCAGAUUCUCACUCUUCUGAAUAGUCAUCUCCGGCGAUGGCAUCUAUAUUACCGUCGGGACUCUCCCGCAGCAGCUCGUCCGCCGCUCUCCACCACCAGCUUCCUUGCCUGCCCUUCUUAUCUCCUCCGUGCCUAAAGUUUGCUACUUUCGGUAAAUGUUUCCUCUCCGUCCACCGCAAGCAGUUUUCCGUUACCGCCAGCAGCAACACUUUGACGGCCAAUUCUGCGCAGCCAACAAAUGGUGUAUAUACAGUAGGUGAUUUCAUGACGAGAAAAGAUAUGCUACAUGUGGUAAAGCCAUCAACAUCUGUAGAUGAAGCCUUGGAAUUGUUGGUAGAACGCCGAAUCACUGGUUUCCCUGUGGUUGAUGAUGACUGGAAAUUGGUUGGUCUUGUUUCUGAUUAUGAUCUAUUGGCUCUGGACUCUAUAUCAGGUACAGGAGGAGCUGAUGCAAACAUGUUCCCGGAAGUGGGCAGCAACUGGAAAACAUUCAAUGAGGUUCAAAAGUUGAUUAGUAAGACCAAGGGGAAAGUGGUUGGUGAUUUGAUGACACCUGCUCCACUAGUAGUUCGGGAAUCUACCAAUCUUGAGGAUGCAGCAAGACUUCUACUUAAAACAAAAUACCGACGGCUUCCUGUUGUUGAUAGUGAUGGUAAACUGGUGGGAAUAAUAACAAGGGGAAACGUUGUGAGAGCUGCCCUUCAUAUAAAACGGGUCAUUGAAAUGGAAGGCCAACAGUGAUCAAUUGGUUUUAGCUGUAGAAGUGCAUAAAUGCAGUUCAAUUUGACAAGGCAAGAAUCAUAUGUUGUGCACAUAAUAGAGUAGAUAAUACAGUUCCACGGCUCCAUGAAAACUAUGUGCGAGUCAAAACUCUUCACAGGUUUGAGCCACUGAAGAAUAUGUCAUAUGUAAUUGGAAGUUAAAUUUUAGGUGGACAUUAAAAAGAAUGCUUCUUUGAGGUAUGGAACUAACACUUAUUGAUCGGAAAUGAUUUGAUUCAAUUUCAUUUUUCAUAUAUUGUGGAACCAA